AUGAAGGCACAGAACAAGCUGUUAAGUCCCUGUUCCCAGCAGAAGGCUUUGUGUUCAUGUCGUUUUGCAUCUUUUUUUAAAUCCACAGGGGGAGAAGCACUGCACCUCAUUCACUUGCCUACGACAAGCGACGUGCCAGAGAAUUCUCCACCUAACACUUUGGUGCACAAGUUUUCUGUGAACUUAUCAGCAUCACAGUCACCUGUGGUUCCAGGCUUUCCCCAGAUAAUCAACUCAAGUCCCCUCACUGAAGCCUUCAGGGUGAACGUGCUGUCGGGCACUGAAUUUGAGGUUGUCACCACCGGGAAAGAGCAACUAGAUUUUGAAACAAGACCAAACAUAUUUGAUUUGCAGAUUUAUGUUAAGGACAAGGUGGGUGUCACAGACCUGCAGAUCCUGACUGUCCAGGUAACAGAUGUGAAUGAGGCGCCUCAGUUUCAAGGCAACUUGGCGAAAGGUCUAAACCUCUACAUAGUAGAAGGAGCAAACCCUGGAGUCAUCUACCAGGUUGAGGCCUUCGAUCCUGAAGACACGAGCCAGAACAUACCCCUCAGUUAUUUCCUGAUUUCUCCCCCAAGCAGCUUCACAAUGUCUCCUAACGGUACGCUCUUCUCCACAACCGAACUGGACUUUGAAGCAGGACCCACCAGUUUCCACCUCACCAUGGAAGUGAGGGACAGCGGGGGUCUCCAAGCCUCCACGGUGCUCCAAGUGAACGUUGUGAACCUCAACGACGAGACCCCGCGUUUUACCAGCCCAACACAAGUGUACACGAUUCUGGAGGAGCUGAGUCCAGGAACCAUUGUGGCCAAUAUCACAGCCGAGGAUCCUGAUGACGAAGGUUCUCCCAGCCAGCUCCUCUACAGCAUCACUCCUGUUAGCAACUAUUUUAUGAUAAACCAGUUGACUGGCACAAUCCAAGUGGCCCAGAGGAUAGACCGAGAUGCAGGUGAAUUAAGACAGAACUCUGCCAUUUCCCUGGAAGUUCUCGUGAAGGACAGACCCAGUGGGGGUCAGGAGAAUCGCAUCCAGAUUACCUUCAUUGUGGAAGACAUCAAUGACAACCCUGCCACAUGCACCAAGUUCACCUUCAGCAUUAUGGUGCCUGAAAGAGCAGCCAAAAGGACACUGCUUCUGGACCUGAACAAGUUCUGCUUUGAUGAUGACAGUGAAGCACCAAACAACAAAUUCAACUUCACCACGCCAUCUGGAGUGGGGAGCAGUGGCAGAUUUUUACAGGAUCCAGCUGGCUCUGGGAGAAUUGUGUUGAUUGGUGAUCUGGAUUAUGAAAAUUCAAAUAAUCUAGCAGCCGGCAAUAAAUACACUGUGAUCAUCCAGGUGCAGGACGUUGCCCCUCCUUACUAUAAAAAUAACAUCUACAUUUAUAUCAUAACAAGCCCAGAAAAUGAGUUUUCUCUCAUCUUUGAUUAUCCAGCCUAUGUAUUUAGUGUGUCAGAAACGAGACCAGCUAGAACCAGAGUUGGACGGGUCCAGGCGACUGAUAAAGACUUCCCGCAGAGUAGCAUCACAUACUCCAUCUCUUCUGGAGGGGCCAGCUUCCAGUACCCAAAUAUAUUUUGGAUUAAUCCCAAGACAGGAGAACUUCAACUAAUAACUAAAGCAGACUAUGAAACAACCCCCAUCUAUGUUCUUGAAAUCCAGGCCACCAACGGCGAGGACACAAGCUCAGUCACUGUUACCGUGAACGUCCUCGACGAAAAUGACGAAAAGCCCAUUUGCGCCCCAAACUCUCAUUUCCUGGCCAUCCCAGUGGAUCUGAAAGUUGGUACAAACAUUCAGAAUUUCCAGCUGACGUGUACUGACCUGGAUUCCAACCCCAGAUCUUUCCGUUAUUCCAUGGGCCCAGGCAACAUCAACAAUCAUUUCACCUUCUCUCCCAGUGCCGGAUCCAAUAUCACACGCCUACUGCUCGCCUCUCCCUUUGACUACGCUGGUGGACUUGAUAAGCUCUGGGACUACAAACUACUUGUCUACAUCACUGAUGAUAAUUUGCUGUCCGGCAGGAAAAAAGCUGAGGCUCUUGUUGAAACAGGGACAGUGACACUGAAUAUUAAAGUCAUUCCCCACCCAACUACGAUCAUCACAACAACCCCCCGGCCCAGAAUCACCUACCAGAUCCUGAGGAAAAACGUUUAUUCUCCAUCUGCGUGGUAUGUGCCUUUUGUCAUCACCUUGGGCUCCCUGUUGCUUCUGGGUCUCCUGGUGUCCCUGGUCAUUGUGUUGGCCAAAGCCAUCCACAGACACUGCUCCUGCAAGACUGGAAAGGACAAGAAACCUCAGGCAAAGAAAGGAGAAAUGAAGUCAGUGAAGAGAGAGGUCAUGGUGGAAACUAUCCAGAUGAACACUGUCUUUGAUGGAGAAGCCACAGAUCCAGUGACCGGAGAAAUAUAUGAAUUCAACUCAAAAACUGGAGCCAGAAAGUGGAGAGAUCCAUUAACCCAAACAACGAAAUGGAAGGAGUCCAGCCCCCAGAGAGCUGCUGGGGAAGGAUCGGGGCCACUGAGAAGUUCCAGCAAGGAAGGAGAUGGGCCGAGUGGCAAAGCAGAGGCCUAGGCUCCAGAAAUGAGGAUGGCAAGCUGGGCAGCCAAAGAACAGACACUUAGCCCUCAUGCGCAGGGCUGCCCCUAAACUACACCCAGGGAAGUAGACAGUGUCCAGUUGCCAGGCCCACAUCUGGGCUUCAGGAGGGACCAGAUGUCAGUGGCCGCUUCCUCCUAAAUUCUGUGGGGACCAGAGAGGACAUGGCUAAGUUUGCCUCAUGGCAAACACAUGGGCUAAAGGGAUUUAAUCGUCCAGGGUCACAAAUGGGAUAACGGACAGACUUUUAGAUCAAUAAAAUGGGGAUUGAUCACAUACUUGCCUUUUUUCUGAGAUGGCACGGAAGAAAUUUCUCUCGGCUCUCAGGACAGUCAGAGCUCAUGAUCAGUUGUGCGGCUAACUUCUGGCUGCAGAAUUGUUGUUUCUUCUUUGCUUGGACCUCCAGGAACUCGUUCGCCUCACCCUCGACAGUACAUAGGACCCCCUGACAUAAAUGUUGAGAUCCAGCCCCCCCCACCUGCUUUCAUCUUACUUCCUGCCCUUCUUUUUGCAUCACCCAGAUUUCUUCUCUUAUAAAUGCUGUUCAACACCAUAAACCUUUGUAAGUCACCUCAAAUCUCUUUCAGAAGAAGCAAAGCAGCGAAAAACUGGAUGAAUAAGUAAUGAGUUGUUCAUCUGGGAAGAAGAAGACACAAUAGACAUCUACUUUUAUUAUUUUCUUCAUUGAAGUAUAAAUGGGCCAGCCGGUAGUGUGGCGAUUAAGGCUGCUGGAUUCCACAUGGCCAACUGGGUAGCUCGGGUUCUGGAUCAGCGGCUUGGAAACACACCAGGCAUGUGUACAUACAUGCCC